AUGGCGGCGGCCAUGAAGCGGCGGCGCGGGACGGACCCGGACCCGGACCCGGACCCGGGGCCGGGGCCGGGGCCGGGGCCGGAGCCGGAGCGUGAGCCAGAGCGGGGCUGCCUGCGGGCCUGGGCUGCCCAGAGCCGGGCGGUGGUCGGGCGAUGGACGACGGCGCGGUGCGGCGGAGAGACGCGGCGAGUGUGCCGGCAGCUGCGAGACGAGCUCCUGGAGCUGCUCCGGAGCAUCCGCGGGCUGCCAGUUGCCCUCCCUGCCCUGCCUCUGGAACUCACUGUCCUCUACAACUCCCUGCUUUUCACUGUGGGAGCAUCUGACUCUGUCAUCAAAGGAGAAGCAGAAGGAAUACGCCAGGGGCUCCUCAGGGUUCUGGAGGCUUGUGGGGCCUGCGGACAGGAUCUUGGCACGGAGGAGCUGUGGGAAAAGGUGCUGCAGGAGGUAACCGUGGAGGAGCUGCAGGCACCUCUGCGCCGCCUGGGGGCCCUGCAAGCAGCCUGGUGGCUGGCAGCCAGCCAGCUGGCAAGUGUUGCUGGCCUCUUCCAGCUCCUGAGCACCGCUGAGGACCGAGGAAGAGCUCACUGCAGUGAGGGGCAGAACAAGCUUCUCUCCCUGAUCAAGGCAUGGCGGGUCCCUCCUGAGGGGGCCUCCCUGCCCCUUGUACAAAGUGCCAAGGACUUGAAGGAAAUCCUCCACACUGCAGCAGCCUUCCUGCAAGGGCUGCAGGAGCUGGAGGCUGGGAACUUCCCCACUGCCCUUUCCCUCCUUCAGGAAGCUGCAGGAGGAUUCUGCUCCAAGAAUAUCCUGGCCCAGAUCCACACCUGCCUUGGCUGCUGUGCUCAGCGAAUGGGCAAGCCUCAGACAGCCCUUCAGCACCUGAAACGGGCCCUCCAGGUAGAUUUCCAGUGCCUUCCUGCCCUGUCCCACGUGGCAGCAGUGUACCAUGACCUGGGAGAGAUCGAUACAGGGCUGCAGGCCCUGACCCUGCUCUACGAGGCUCUGGGAAAAAGCCCUCCACCAGCUGCUUCCUCUGCUCCCCAUUUCCUAAUGCAAACAGAGCUGCUUGUCCACACACCAGUACUCACUUCCCUCCUCCGGCGUUGCCACCCCUCGGAAGUGAAAUACCUUCUGGCACAGUGGUGUCUCCAGGAUGGGAGGGUGGCUGAUGCCGUGGAACAUUACCUGGAUUUUCUGUCUCUCCUUCAGGAGGGGCUGCAGCAGCAGGUGCCCCUGGACAGCAGCUCAGCUCUGCCCAGGAUCCCAGAGGUGUUCCUGGAAGCAGCAUCUGCCUUGGAGCAGGCUGGGAGGCACCAGGAUGCCAUAACUGUGUGUGAGGAGGUCAUCAGCCGGACAACUGACCUCAUUCCACGGGUGUUACGGGUGGAGGAGAGGCUGGAGCAGCCGGAGUCCUCACUGCCAGGGGCAGAACUGGCAGGUGGGCUCCUGUCCCAGAAGAAGGAGAGCCUGUGCUGCCUUGCCUGGAGAGCAGCUGGAUACCUGCACCAGGGCUGGGCGUGGGCCAAACUGGGCGAGAGCAAGGAGGCUGUGACACAGUUCAGCAGGUGCCUUAGUGAUCUCCUGCGUGUCCAGCUUCACGGGUCUGGCAUCAGACAGACAGAGAAUCUCCAGGCAGAAGUGGAGGUGCUCCAGAAGAUCAGGUUCCUCUCUCUCAUCGGGCGAGGUACACAGUUCCUGGAGAUGGGGAGGAACAAAGAAGCCCUGUUGGAUUUCCAGCACAGUUUGCAAAUCUCACCAGGUGACCCAGCUGCUGCCUCCUACCUGGUGCAGGCCUUGUGGGAGCUGAACCGGAAGCAGGAGGCGGCUGCUCAGUGGCAGAAGUUCUCCCAGAGCUGCCCUGCAGAGGAUGGGCAGCAGCAAGGGCAGGGAAGGCCCCUCCCUUUGUACCUGGUUUCAUGUCAGGAGCAGGCAGUGUUCCCUCACAGUGAAACUCUUGCCAGAAGCAUACAGGAUUACCUCAGGGCAGCAGCCCAGGACACCCCAAGGUGACCUGGUCAUGCCCCCAUUCCCAUCUGCUGAGGUCUCCCUGCACUUGGCUGGCGCAAGGACUUUAAGAACUCCUUCAAGACUCAGAAUUACUCUGUGAUGAAGCUAGAUUCCCAAAGGACUGAAACAGAAUACAUCUCCUUUUCUAAUAAACAACUUAGCUCUGUUUA